GUUACAACAUCUAUGAUGUUUUCCAUGUUGCCCUUAUAAAAGACAUCCUCAUCCCACACUUCACAAUACUAAUAUUUGCAACAGCACAAAACACCCACCUCCUCCAUCCUCAUUAUUCUCCACAAUUAUUAUCUAGCCACCACAAAUUACAGUCAUGUUGGGCAAAAGGCCACAACCAUUGAUCGGAAAAAUCUCCGAACUUUUGGUGUCCGGUGGCCGCACUGCCGCUCUUUUCGACGCCAUCGGAAGCCCGAGAAGCCCAUUUGAACAUAUGAACUUAAAGAUGCAACAAUCACCGAAGGGUCUAAAAAGUUACGACCUUGGUGGUGUUGGUCUGGGAAUUGUGGUGGCUCUAGAUAAAUCCGAGGAACCAGGGCACGAAAUUCUGCCCAAACACGCCGUUUGCACAUCAAGUUUGAACAAAUCGGUUAAACAAAGCGCGUUUCAAAAGGGUGUGACCGAAAUUCCCGUCGGAAGCUCCGAGGACUACACAUAUGUCACAUACCAUAUUUCCAACAAGACGAUCACUAAGGUUUAUUACGAUGGCGGUGAAGGUGGAAUCCUAACACACGGCUACUAUAACAUUAACAACAACACCAACAACGUUGGUGGUGUUAGAAGAUUCCCACAAACGCAUAAUUUAAUUCAAGAUGAUGACGAACCGUCAUAUGCAACAUCAGAUUUUCUCAGCACAUGUCACUUGUGCAGAAAGAAUCUCCAUGGCCAAGACAUAUACAUGUACAGAGGUGAGAAGGCAUUUUGCAGCACCGAGUGCCGUUCAAGGCAAAUAUCCAUGGAUGAACGCAAGGAGAGGUGCAGAUCAGAAGCUUCAAGAUCUGUGGAAUUGUCAAGUUCAUCACACACAAGAGAACAAAUGUUUUCAACUGGGAUUGUGGCCCUUUAAUCUUGAGUAUCUGUCUCUGGUGUUAGAAGGUGGUAGUCAGAAAGCUAGAGACUGAUGAUUUGAAUUCACAUGAUAUAAGACUAUAUAUACUACUGCUAUAUGUGAAUGAAACCAUAGGAAAAGUUUUGAUCUGGAAAAUGGUAGGAUUUUGAUGUAGUGAAUACGAAUAAGAGCUUUCUUUUCUUGUUUUUUGUUGUAUCUUACUGAGAAUCAUAAAUUUGGGAUCUCAAUUGCACAGA